AUGACGACCAUAAGACGAAGCAAGACCAUGCCAACUGAAGGUCAUGCAACCAGAUUCCUCUACACAAUCCUCAAACAACUGGACCUCAAAUCUAUUGAUUGGAGCCUUGUCGCAACAGAGCUAGACAUCUCGAACGGCCACGCAGCACGAAUGCGCUAUUCGCGUUUCAGACAACAAAUGGAAGGCUCAGCAACCACCAUAUCAAAAACCCCAAAGCCUAGAAAAACCAAUGGCAAGACCGAUACGGGCAAAACAACCAAACAAUCCGCAAAAGGGAAAAGUCUCUACGACAAAGGCAAGAAUUUCAAUGACGGGAAAUGUGGUAGUAGCUACCGUUCUGAAAGUAGCCUCAAGAAGCGCCCUGCUCCGGGCGAUUUCUUGAAGCAGGAUAACAAGACGGGUUACAGAGGCAUUAUGGGGACGGAGGAGAUGAAUGCCUUCGCUCCAGUCAUGUAUGAUCCUUUCGCGAAUGCCGCGUCGUACUGGUCGCCCUCCGCUGGAACAAUUCUGUCAGCAGAUACUUCGACAUUUCCUUACAUGGUAUCCAUGCCGGAUUUGCAACAGCAGCAACAGCAGCAACAACACAAACAGUGUCAGUACCCCGUUGAUCCGUUCGCGAACAGGUAUCUCGCACCCUUGCCACAACUUUCGAAUGGAGAAGACAUGAAUACGGCACUCAAUCCAGGCUGGGCUCCCCAAAGCUUCGACCAAAUGAUAUCUAGCGAUAAAUUCGGCCAAAAUCAGACCAAUGCCGCUGGUUUUUUUACCGUUCCUACAGCUACCACCACUUCAGUAAACAACACAGAAUGGAACAAUCAAAUGGAUUUCUGUUUUUCAGGCUGCUGCCAACCACCUCCUCCCUAUCCUGCAACGCCAUGUCUCUACCCGGAUGCGCCUAAUAUGGACCAAUAUGGGGAUUCACUGAUGUCUGCACCACCUGCCGAACCUUGGGCGCCUCCACCACCACAUAAUCAGUGGGUUCCGAUUAAGUCCGAGCCUGGAGAGGAAGGGAACGCCGAUGAUAUUUUUGUCAAAGUAGAAGCUGAUGCGUGA